AUGCUCACAGCCGCCAUACGGGUCAUCGCCCGCUCAGCCGCCAUCCAGCUCGAAGAAGCAGCCCUCGCCGCAUCGCGCACCCCGGCAGCUCUCGCGAAAGACCUCUCCGACCACUCGGAACGACAUGGACCAUCGUUUCCACAAACACAAACCCUCUCCGAGAGGCUUGACAACACCAAAAAGCCGUCCAAUCAAUAUACGACUGUUCAUAACAAGGUCACCCCAUUGGACCAGCUUAUAUCGAAUGCGCCGCGGACAUUACCACCUGUUGCACCGAAUACGCAUCCAGCAGACAAGGGUCAUGGUAUACCGUCGCCUCUUAUGAUCAAGACGGCUGGUAGGGGAGACUUUGUAAAGACGAAACCAAAGUCUGAGAGCUCGCCCCCGUCUCACACGGCUAAGAAGGGGCCGUCAUCGAUCGAUGCAAUGAUAGCGUCCGCGACAAGAACACCUCCGCCCCCUCGUGCUGAAGUUGCUUCUGAAACACCUGCUGUCAGCCAGCCAAAGGCUGAACAUGUGGACCAGCCUUCACCGAGCAAGUCGGGCGUCUCAGAUACACCCACUCCCUCCUCACUGCCAACGUCCACUACGACGUCUCUGAAACCCGAGCCAGAGUCCGCCAACACACCUCCUCCCCAGCCCAUACCUCCUAUCGUCGAACAACUCGAAUCAUCCCCCAUCCCCCCUCCCAUCCCAGAAGCCUUGACAGAAGAAGAAGAAGCUUCCCCAGUCCUCCGCGCUUCCAAGGUACCUUCCUCACGUAUCGGUCGUCUGUUUCACUACGGCUCUCUCGCCGCCUCUCUAUCCUGGGGAGCCGCUUCAGAGUCUGUACGCCGGACGACAGGAGGCGGUGGAGCAGGGAGUGUGUUUAUGAGCGAUGCGAAUGUGAGGCGGUUGGUGUCUACCUUGGGAAGGAUGCGAGGAGCGGCGCUCAAGUUGGGGCAAUUCAUGUCUAUCCAAGACAACCACAUGCUCCCACCAGAAAUCGAAAAAGUACUCCAACAAGUCCAAGCUCACGCCAAUUACAUGCCCGAUUGGCAGAUGGACAAGGUCCUGCGCGAAGAGCUCGGCGCGGACUGGCAAAACAUUUUCGCCUCUUUCGACCGUACCCCCGUCGCUUCCGCCUCCAUUGGACAGGUGCACCGGGCAACUAUGCCCGAUGGGCGAGAUGUGGCGGUCAAGAUUCAAUUCCCUGGUGUCGCUUCUUCGAUCGAAUCAGACUUGAACAAUCUGUCGCUUUUGCUCCGUACGUCGGCGCUCUUACCGCCGGGGCUGUAUUUGCAAAAUACCAUCGCGGUGACGAGGCGAGAGUUGGAGGAUGAGUGUGAUUAUAUCAAGGAGGCAGCUGCUGGGCGGAAAUUCAGCGAGCUGUUGAAGAACGACGAGUUCUUCCAGGUGCCGACGAUCGUGGAAGAAGGUACAACGGGUAAAGUCUUGACGACCGAGUGGAUGAAUGGUAGACCACUGAGCAAGGUCAAGAGCCUGCCCCAAGAGACUCGUGAUCUGAUCGGCACCAACAUCCUCCGCCUCUGCCUCCGCGAACUCUUCCAAUUCCGAUUCAUGCAAACCGACCCCAACUGGGGCAACUUUCUCUACAACUCCAACCCUCAUCCUCAAAUCCAGCUCAUCGACUUUGGCGCUUCGAGAGAAUACACGAAAGAGUUUAUGGAUGGGUGGUAUAGGUUGUUGAAGAGUGCGUUGGAAGGGGAUAGGGAGAAUAUGAGGGUGGAGAGUUUGAAUUUGGGAUAUUUGACUGGGGAAGAGAAUGACGUCAUGUUGAACGCUCAUAUCGACUCCAUGGCCCUCGUCGCUUCACCAUUCGCGCACGACGGCCCAUACCCCUUUGCCAAACAAACCAUCACCGAGGCCAUCCGCGGAUUGAUCCCCGUCAUGCUCAAACACCGCCUUACACCCCCGCCGAGCGAGACGUAUUCGUUGAAUAGAAAGUUGAGUGGAGCAUUCUUGCUGUGCGCAAAGAUGGAGGCGAAUGUGGAUUGUAAAAAGCUUUGGGAGGAGGAAGUUGGUGGUUAUAAGGAAGGGUAG